CAACCAACAUUCAUUUCCUCUUUUGUACUUCAAUUCUCUCAUCAUUUUUCAACUAUACACAUUAACAUCACAUUCAUAAUUCAUUCAUUGAUCUCACAAAUUAAAAAUAUGUUUCUCAUUGUCUUAACUUGUGCCACAAUCUAUGUUUUUCUUCGUUCAUUCUUAGCAAUAAUAAAAAAACCAAACUAUAAGCUUCCACCAGGACCUACCCCUCUUCCCAUCAUAGGGAACCUCCUUGAAUUAGGUGAAAAGCCACACAAAUCAUUGGCCAAACUUGCAAAGAUUCAUGGUCCUAUAAUGAGUCUCAAGCUUGGUCAAGUAACCACUAUUGCCAUCUCUUCAGCAGAUAUGGCAAAAGAGGUUCUUCUAACCAAUGAUCAGUUUUUGUCAAACAGACCAAUUCCUCAAUCUGUGUCGGUUCACAACCAUGAGCACUUUAGCCUUGCAUUCUUACCAGUUUCACCUCUUUGGAAGGAAUUGAGAAAAAUAUGCAACACUCAAUUAUUUUCUCACAAGACUCUUGAUGCCAGCCAAGGCGUUAGGCACAACAAAAUGCAGCAGCUCCUCACUGAUAUCGAUCAAAGCAGUCAGAUCGGUGAAGCAAUAGAUAUUGGAACAGCGGUGUUCAAGACUACCAUAAAUCUGUUAUCAAACACUAUUUUCUCAGUGGAUUUGAUUCAGUCUAAUGGUGAAGCCAGCGAGUUCAAGGACGUGGUAACUGAUAUUACAAAACAUGUUGGCUCACCAAAUGUGGCAGAUUUUUUCCCUAUAUUGCAGAUGGUUGAUCCACAAGGUGUCAAAAGAAAACAGGCAAAGAAUGUAAGGAAAGUGUUGGACAUCUUUGAAGACUUGAUUAACCAGCGUUUGAAGACGAGGGAAGGCUCGUGCGUAGACACCAACAAAGACAUGUUAGAUGCCAUGCUCAACAUUUCCAAGGAUAAUGAGUUUAUGGACAAAAAUAUGAUCCAACAUCUUGCACAUGAUCUAUUUGUUGCGGGAACAGAUACAACAGCAUCUACUCUCGAAUGGGCGAUGACAGAGCUUGUGUGCAACCCAGAAAUUAUGCUGAAGGCCAAAAGAGAGUUAGAGCAAAUGAUUGGUUGUGGUGUCCUGCUUGAGGAGUCAGAUAUUUCUAAGCUCCCAUACUUACAAGCAAUCAUAAAAGAGACACUUCGGUUGCACCCACCAGUGCCAUUAUUACUACCACGAAAAGCUGAGAGGAACGUUGACAUAGGAGGCUACACUAUCCCGAAGGACGCGCACGUGCUAAUUAAUGUGUGGAAUAUUGGCAGAGAUCCCACUAUAUGGGAGAAUCCAACUUUGUUCUCACCAGAAAGGUUCUUGGGGUCCGAGAUUGAUGUCAAAGGCCGGAAUUUUGAGCUUGCACCAUUUGGUGCUGGACGACGAAUAUGCCCUGGCUUACAACUGGCUAAUAGGAUGCUGCUACUAAUGUUGGGGUCACUAGUCAACUCCUUUGAUUGGAAGCUUGAAGGUGACAUGAAACCAGAAGAUAUGGACAUGGAUGAUAAAUUCGGCAUUACCUUGCAAAAGGCACAACCCCUUCAAAUUGUUCCUAUCAGAAUAAGCAAAUAAGGUUUCAAAAAUCUGUAUGUGUAAUACAUUAGAUAAUCUUUUUUCAUUUUCCUCACAAAAUUUAUUAAUUUCUUUAUUACUUCCUUACCUUGUUUUCAAUGAGGUGUAGGAGUUGAGUCAAAAUAAUUGUAUUCAUGUGAAAAAAUUUACUGCUGUAAACUUGUUCAUAUUAUAAUACAACCUUGUUGAUAAAUAUAAAUAAAAAGUGUAUACUUUAUCAGUAGAAAAUGUUAUUGUAUUGUAAAUUGUAAUCAUAAAUAAUAAGGAUCAAUGAUUCAUUCCUGUCAUGCUUAGACAUAAAA